UACAAGUGCAAGAAAUCUUUGGUUUUGCUCAAUAAUGUAUACGACUCGGCUGCUUUUCAAAUUAUCUCAACGUAAUACAAAUUUACAGCGAUAUGCUGUCGUUUGGACACCAACGAGAAAUGUGAAUUUCCUCCAACGAUGCAAGGAAUGUCUGAACACAGUUCUGAAAGGCAAGCAGGAGACAAUAUGUGAGAAGGGACAGCUGACUGAGGAGAAUGCGGUAACUUGCAUGACUCGUGAGGAUGUGAAACCAGCUGUGCCGUUGGUGCCGCUAUACAGCGCCAAUGUAGUAGUCGUCGGCGCAGGAAUGUCAGGACUGACGGCAGCCAAUCACCUUCUGGAGAACGGUGUUGGGAAUGUCACUGUGCUCGAGGCUCUUGACAGACCUGGAGGUCAAAUAAAAUCCACUUGGUUCCACGAUGCAGUGAUUGAACUGGGCUCAGAUGUUGCUAAAUCCUCAGGGACAAACCCUAUAGCCAAAGACAUGUUCCUAGAUGGUCUGAUGACACCUCAACUCAACGGUGCCGACUUCAGCAGAGGACUCCUACUCAAAAGUGACGGCUCCAGCAUUCCACACCCAAUCAGCCUCCAAGUUUACCAAACCUUUAAACAAAUUCUGGCAGAAGCUCAUGAAAUCGAAGCUGCAUCUAGUUUCCAAACCAGAACCAGCAUUCCCGAAUUCAUUGGGAGCAGAAUCGAUCAGGAAAUUGCAAUGUUUCCACGGAAUCAAAUAGUGGAAGCAGAACGACUGUUUCUUGGCUUGGCCAGCUUGUUCUUGGCCAAAAGUAGUCACGACGAUAGUUUGAAAGUGUCCAAUAAAUUCGGUGACUAUCUCCAGCUGCCCGGUAGUUGUACCAUGGUUCCUCUCGGAUUUUUUGCUGAAAUCAACACUUUAUACGAAUCUCUUCCAGAGAAUGUUGUUCAAUUCAACAAGCCGGUGGUUAAAAUCAAAUGGGGCGGAGUUUCAGACGUGUUUCCCCGUGCUGUUGUCAUCACCGACUCAGGGGAAGAAUUCCCAGCUGACUACGUCAUUAUCACCGUUCCAAUCGGAGUACUGAAAGCAUACGCCGACUGUCUCUUUUGCCCUGGCCUGCCCGCUGGCAAACUCGAUGCCAUUAUGAAGAUUCCGAUUGGUCACUCAAACAAGAUAUUUCUCCAGUUCGAGCAGCCAUUCUGGAGGUGGAAGAGAGACAUUGAGAAAAUGACUUUUGACCCGGAGGAGAUGGAAUGUCGAGAAGGAUGGAUGAAAGGGUUAACAUCCUUGGAACCGAUCCACGGCAGUGACCACAUAAUGUGCCUCACUGUGUCAGGCCCACAAGCUCAAUGUAUGGAGUCUCUAUCCGACCCAGAGGUCAUCUGCGAUGUUGUGAAAUUCUUGAAGGAAAUGUUCUGCAAAGAAGAUGUUCCAGACCCGAUAAAGAUCAAGAGGACGCAGUGGUCAAGUGAUCCUCGAUUCCUAGGAGCGUUUGCCACCACGGGCCCUGGAGUGGAUUCGCAGGACUUUUUCAACCUAGCGACUCCUCUACCUGAACAAACAGACUUCUGCGACCCUGUACUGCUGUUUGCCGGAGCAGCCACGUGCCCGGUGCAGUUCGGAACAGUAGAAGGAGCAAAAUCCAGCGGCAUCAGAGAAGCGGAAAGAUUGAUUCAACUGAUCAGACUUCAAGAGCAAACUGACAAAGAAGAGCGCUUGAACUACCAGUUGAAAUGUUGAUUCUAAAUUAAUAUCAUGUACUUGUGAGAAAUUGUUUAUUAAAAUGUGUUCAUAUU